CUAUUGUGUUGUUUUCCUUUGAUCGCGUUAUGUUAGAUCAAAAUGGCCGAACGGGACAAUGAAAAAGAAGCUGAAGUCGGCCGCGAAAAACACGAUUCUUUGUUAAACCCUCGUGAUAAAGACCAAGAAAAUGUUGAAUCGAAAGAGAAGUUGUCUAGUGGUGAUCAUGAAGGAGAUCCUAGAGGUAUUCCACCUAACAAUGCCGCCAAAGAGCAAUCUGCACACGAUAGGCCUUGUUCGAGUAAGUGUGGAGAUCUAAACGACAAGGAGUCGAAAUGUACGGUUGAAAGUGAAGAAAAUGUUAAAUUUGGUUCUACAGAGAACGGCAAUUCUGAAAAUUUAUCUAAAAUUCAGCUGAGCAGAAAGGAUGGUGUUGAAAGAGAAGAGAAAACUACUGAUAUUGAAACAAAGAUUAGUUCUGUUGUGAAAAGCGAUGAUUUAACGGGAAGUUUUAUGGAAGAUGAUGUUAGCUGCGAAAGGCUGAGCGUGAAAGAUAAACAAAGCUUUGACCAAAACUCAUCGAUGGUUGAAGACGGGCUUUCCCGAGCAACCGUAGGAGGGUCGAAGUCAAGCUCUGAAGAAGAGGUUACUUGUACCCCCGAAUGUGAGCAAAGUAACGCUACUAAGGCUGGAAAAGAAGACAAAAAAGGAAAUCUGGAUGGCAGCAAAAACGAAUCCUUGAAAAACGAACAUGAAAUAUGUGAUAAUCAUGGUGGUUCUCAAAAGAAAAGUGACAUUAAGAAUGUGUCUUUGCAAAACCCAUUGAAAGAUUCCAACAGCAAGGACUAUAACAAUGAAAGAACAGUACAGCAUGAAAGUGAUCUAGAUGACACAAAGACUCAGAAAGAAAAACUAAAAGAAGGGGAAAAUAUUGGAAAAGAUACUUAUGAUUCAAAUUUAAAACAGAAGGCUGAUAACAUUUUAGCAAAAAAGACUGAAAUUUCAAACAUUGGUGGAAAGUCUCCUACUUUUGAUAAACUCAUUGAGCAUAAUAGAAAGGUUGUAUGUGAUGAACAAAAGAAAUGUGAAGAUUUUGAAAUGAAAAAGAAUUCAAUCAAGCAGAUAUCUGGGAAUUUAGUUGAUGAAAGUAUUAAUAAUAAGAGUUUGAAAGAUUAUAACAUAAAUGGUAUGAAGGAUGGGAGAGAAUCUAUUGAGAAGGAAAAUUGUGAAAAAAUAGUUAAAGCUGAAAUUAUUGAGGACGAGAAUGAAUCCAAGGGUAUAAAAGAGAAUCCAAAAGAUAAAAAAGACAAAAGUGGUGGAAAUGAGGAAGAAGUUAUAGAGUCAAAAGUUAAAACUAAGAAAGAAGAUUCACAGUUGUUAAAAGCGAGCAAAGAUGACAGCAGCAAAAUAGAAAGAAAUAGCACAAGGUCUUCAAGAAGGAAAAGAAAUGUACAAAUGGAUAAUAAAGUGAGGGCAAAUGAGGAUUCUGUGAGAAAAGAUUUGAAGCUAAAUAAACCUGACUCUGGGAAAAACAGCUCUGGUUCAGAUGAAGAAAGUAAUGAUGCAAAGUCUGAUUCCUUGAAUGUAAACGGAGAAAAAAAUAGCUUGAAAUCUGAUUCUAGUUUAGAAGACAGUGACAAAUGCUCAGAAAGUGAGGCAGCUUUUACGAAGAGAGCUUCAAAUGACCCAAACUUUGCUGUUGUAUAUUCUUUUUUGUCAUUAUUUGGAGGUCUGCUAAAUCUUCCAGAAUGUUCUCUAGAUGAGCUUGAGCAAAGUUUGGAUAAUUGUAAUGACCUCCAUCUGCAAGCAGAAAAUCAUGGUUUACUAGAGAAGCUGCAUUUGAAGUUAUUAAGAAGACUUUCCAGAUCUAGCAAGACACAGUUUAGUAGUCUGGGUCAAGUUUCAAAUGACAGAUUGUUAAAAAACUUAAUCAAGUUCUCAAAGUAUAUUGAUCUGGAUCUGGCUUGGGACCUUGAGAAAUUUGGCUACCAUGUUUUGGGCAGCACAGAAAGACUUCUUCUUCUCAAGGCUUUGUGUGAAGUCCAUUUUGAUGAGAACCCAAGGUUCAAGGUCCAUUUUACUGAUGAAUAUAUUAAAUCAGACAAAAUAGAGGCACUGAGAUUGGAGCCAACUGGUUUUGACAUGAAAGGAAAAUCCUUUUGGUUUCAAAAGGACAACUCAGCCGGCUUUCGGAUUUAUUCUGUUGAAGAAGAUGAUGAUGAAGGCAGUAGCUGGAAGCUUCUGGCCAGUACAAUGGAAGAUUUUGAGCAGUUAAUCGAGAAUUUGAAGAAAAAAUCUGAACUAAAUCCUAAAGACGUCGCUUUGAUGAAACGGAAAGAAAGAGUUGAAAUUAGAAGAGCCAAAAAGCAGGAGACACUUGCAAAGAAGAAAGGCAAAGGGAAAUCAAAGGCUGCCAAGAAAAGAAAAGAUGGUUCCGAAUCGGAUUCUGAUGAGAACGAUGACAACCCAUGUGCUCGCUGCUUCUCAAACAAAAGGCCAGACUUGGUUCUUUUGUGCGAUAAAUGUGACGCCGCAUACCAUACGCUAUGUCUGCGACCUCCACUUAUGUCAAUACCGGAGGGUGAUUGGCUGUGUCCAUACUGUCAACAGCUUGUAUUAAUUGACGUACUGCAAGAAAAACACAAAGAUUUGGCAUCACGGCGAAAAGCAAUUGAGAGGAUCGCAAAAAGGGCUGUGUUCGAUGACAUCAGAUUGUCAAAUAUUGUAGAGACCGGCGGCGAAGACGAUUCACGUCGUUCUGGAAGAAAAAGAUCCAAGAUUGAUUACAACUUUCAGAAUUACAAUGAAAUGAUAACUGCUGCAAUAUCGAACGAAUCUAGCCAACCGAGGUCGGAAAUAUCUACUCGGAGUUUCUAUGGGAGUAGACCGCAUUCAAGUAGCCGCAGAACUCGGAAGUUGAAUGAUCUUGAUGAUGAUUCUAUUGGGUCUGGAUCAAGUGAAUAUGAAAACAGUCCCUCAGAGAAUGAGCGAGAGGGAAAAGAACAUGAAGAUCUGGUUUCUCGUGGCUGUCGCCGUAGCCGAAGACUGAAGCGAAAAUACGGUGAAGAUGAAAAGUCAGAAAGUAGCGAGAGCGAAGAUGACACAUUCGUGCGAAGAUCUACGCGGAGAAGAAGACCAACUGCCAAAACAUAUAUGGAGUAUGAAUCAGACGACACCCCAGAGGAAGUUCUCAUGAAAAAAAGUAAGAUAAUUGAAGAUAACGACGAGUAUGUUGUAAGCCAAUCUGAUGAAGAUCCCGAAGAUAUUCUUCGCAUUAGAAAACGACGUACAAUCAUAAGUGAUGAUGAAGAUGAUGAUCAAGAAACGAUAGAAGAGGAUGUUGAAACUGAUUUUGAAGAUGAAGAGCUUUGUGCCGAUAUGGAAAAGAAUGUAGUGAGUGAUGACAGUGAAGAAGAGGCCAUUCCAUCGUUGAGUGAAGAAGAGGAACCGGAAGAAAACGACUCUGGAGAAACAACAACUGAUGAUGAUGAAGAUGAUGAAAGGUACGAGGAAGAGUCAAAUGGCAGUGGAAAACGAAAGAGAAGCGCCAAAGAUGCACAAGAGAAGAAAAGAGGGGGUAAAGAUAUGAGGACGAUUAUGAAGAGUAUCAGGGAAGAAGAGGUGUGCUCUUCAAAGAAAAUAUCGAAAGAAGAAGAAGAAGUAGAGAAGGUGGCUUCGAUUAAGGAAGCUGAGGUGAAAAGUGAGAAGGAAAACAUUUCUAGCACUACCUUUGCGUGCAAAGAAAGUACUCAGGGAGAGAAAAGUACUCAUGAAGAGAAGCAUACAGAAAGUGCAUUGAAUAAAGAAGAUACGAGUGACUUAACGACACAUAUUAUUUCAAAUGAGGAUAAAGUAGAAUGUUCAGAAGUAGCAGACAAAACGAAUAUGGAAAACAAAGAGACUAUUGGGGCUAAUGUUGAGCCAUCUCAAGGGUCAACACUAACUCGCCUCUAACUUAUAUGGCAGUAAGGGAAGAGUUGGAGGAAAAAGCAGCAAGGCCACCGGAUUUGAUUAAUGACCAAGUCAAAGAUAUUAGAAAGGAGCUUACAUUGCCGUUAAAGGAUGUUGGUGGCCAUCAUAAAACGAAAGGAGGGAAUGAACGACCCAAGCAUGGCCCAGUUAAGCUUGAUGUUCCCGGGCUUGAUGCUCCUGUUUUGCGACCAAGUUUCAGUGGGGCUCAUGCCCCAAGGACCUCGGGUCAUUCCCAAGAGACAAUCGAACUGUCUAGCUACAGCCAAACGAUGAGGCAUCCCAUAGGCCCAUCCUACAAUCAAGGGUCGCCUUCCAUGAUGCCCAUACCACACCAACCAGACAUACUUAGGCCUAGACCGUAUGCUGCGGAUAUCAUGCGAACGACUGAUCACUACAACCAGCCUAUGGGCAAUUACUCGCCAAUGCACACCCCGUUCCACAUGCAUUCUCCGUACCACGGUUAUGUGGACCAGCAAUCGUUUUUCGCCCAAAAUUUGCCACCGUUCACGAGAGCGGCGCCUCCGGCAUAUCCUGGAUAUCCCGGAAAUGAUCCCCAAGCACUUUGGAGGCCUCAAAGUCUACCGCAAAUGCAAUGGAACUAUCCACCGUAUCGUGCCGGGUCACCGCAUAUCGAGCAGAAACAACGUGCAGUACAAAUGCAUCGUCCCGUCCCAGACGCGCACUCGUAUAGGGGAAGCAGUAGUCCGCCGGCCACUAACACAAAAGUAACAAAAACACAGAGCCGCGUACCUACUGUGCCUCAUUACGGCGGUGCAGAAAGUCCGCGUCGACCGAAGACUUCAUCUGCAGACUCCCGGAAACCGUCAACUAUGGAAAGUUAUGCAGCUUUUCGAAACAUGGUAAUAGCACCAUCAGACGAUAAAGGACAAAAGAAAGCAAAGAGAACGUGAUCUAAGGCUGUUAUUGCUCGGCUCCUAGGCUCAGUUUAUCGAUGCUGUGUUUUUCUUGUAUCGAAAACAAUUUACCCGUCUGACAAUUGCGAAGAGACAAAAUUGAGUACAAGUUCAGGCAUGAAUAUGUCACAAGCGAGAUUGUAUAACUAACCGUUGCAAAGCGAAAAGUUUACAUCGUUAGUCUUUAGCGCAAAAUGAACCAUUGGAGUAUUAAUGAAAUCAAGUGUAUUUUAAAAGAAUCUUUAAGAGUCAGGUUUAUGUUUACAGUAAAAAAACUACGCAUGUUAUUGGUCACCAUUGUAAACUCAACAUGUUAUUUUUAGUCUCAAGUAUAUGUUUCGUUUCUGCUGUUGUUCUUAUGUUAUAACGUAGGUAUACAAUUUAUAUCAACAUUCUUAGAUUACAUUUUCGUUAGUUUGUUUACCAGCUAUGAAAUUUUCAGGUAGUUUUGUCUUCUCCCCUCCCGAAGUUGUAAUUUAUCGCCAAAUACUUCACUUAAGUCAGCACCAAAGUAAGAUCCCAAUUAAGAUUAUAGAGAUAUUGCUGACAUAGAAAUAUGUAAAUUCAUUUUACAGUCACAUUAUCCAAGUUUUAGUUCUCGGUUUAGUCACAUAUUUGACUGUCGUAAGCCUCUCUGCUGCUCGGUUUUUCCAUUGCAGUGCCCAUUGGAAUCAGUUUAAUUUUGAGAACAGCCUAGGAAGGGUUGUUCUGUGUAUGAUAUCUCUAUAAUCUGUGUAUGAUAUAUCUAUAAUUGCUUCUAAAAUUUUUUCAAAUCACCCCCGUUUCUACACUUGAAGCAUCAAAUCACUACAGUUUAAUCCCGAUAAGUCUGACCUUCAAGGGGGAGGGGAAGAAAGAAAUGGUUUGUUGACAAAUGUCUGACUUAUCUGGAAUACCGCCUCUGACUUGAAUAUGAAAAAUCGAAUGGGGAUUUAAAUUCAGUCCGAUUUGGUGCGCGGUACGACUUACCGGGAUUCAACUCUGUUCGUUUUCUACAAGUACAAUGAAAAGAGUACUAACUAAUCAAAUCUAUGCAAAUGAUUCUUAUUUCUAUCAAAUCGUUCCAGUUUAGGACUUUUUAAUGCCCUCUUCGAGUAAAUCUGCACUUUGUCAGUUGAACUGAAGUGUAUCCCACAGCAGUUCAAUCCAAAAGCCGAGCCGCUCUGUAGCAUUUAAUCACUGAUUUCUAUCAUGUCGCUCAGUACCCGUCGAAAGGUUGUCAAAUCUCAAUUGUAUGCUAAAGACCUUAGCUGGACACUCCAUGCUUGGUGAUAUAAACCUCAAGAUUAUGGUGUAUUUAAUAUUUUAUCUUGAAUAAUCGAAAUGUAUAUAUGCUAAGUGUAUCAAAGAACAUCAAAGAAUUCAACCCCAUUCAUCACUUAAACAAGAUUAAAUAUGGAUUUCUGUAACCUGGAGAAAAAUUAGCGAACCUGAACCGUGUCAGUUUUUCAGAUCACCAGGAAAUGAAACAAAUGUGUAAUGAAGAAAGGUUUAUAUGCUCGGGCAGUGAACGUGAAUCAAUGAAUGAGUUUCCUAAAAACUAAAAUUACCAAACACUGCUGUUGUGUGAUGAGAGCAGAUUUGAUAGGGUGCAGUCAGCGCCAAAUUUCCAUUUUUAAGAACCUGUAGGAGCCCCCAACAUUCCUUAACUUACCCUAUAGACAGAAGCAUCCAAACUGUCAGUGGCCACGAACAAGGAUGUGCAUAAAGUUUGAAUAAAGUAUUGCGAGAAUACAUCGUGAUUUGGUAUUUAUUAUUUUGUCCAAUAUAGAUAUUUACCAUUUGUUAUCGUUUAUGUAGAAGAAUUAGCUUGUAUCAUCUUUGUUCAAUUUUAAGCAGAUUUUAAUAUCAUAUAUCUUAGAAGAA